AUGCCGACAGCCACCACCUUCCUGGAUAACCCGUUGCUCAAGGUCAGCCGCCCUGUCGCUGCUUGCUCGCGAUGCCGCACCGCCAAAAUUAAGUGUGAUGGCAAGCUCCCCGCCUGUUCGGCCUGUGAUAAGGUCGGCAAGGCGAGUACCUGCUCCGGCGCCAGCGACGAAUUUGCCAAAGGUAAGGAGCGCAGCUAUGUGGCUUCUCUGGAGGGCUACUGCGAGAAGCUGGAGAAGAAGAUUUCCCACUUGCGAGAUCGCCAAUCCUCCCUCUCGCUUGAAGGGAAUGGCGUCGCCCGGGAAAUGUCCAUCACCUCAACCUCCUCCGCUGGCCCCUUAGCCCCCGCCCAUCGCCGUGAGGUCUCUGAUAUUGAUGAUCUCGUCGGCGAUUUUGGCUUCUUAUCCGUCAAUGCCACAUCACGCGACUUCCAUGGGAUCACUUCCAAAACCACUUUUGCCAACUUGCUUCUAUCUGUCGCAACAUAUUAUUUUGACAACGUCUUUGUCCAGCUACCUUUCUUUGUAGAAACGAGCUUUUGGACAUCUGUGGAUGCCGUUUAUCAAUCUGACGGCCGCUUCGCGAAGCCGUUCGACCAUUGGAUGCUGCGAAUGGUUCUUGCAAUCGCCUCGGCUGCAGUUUCUUAUCAAAACAAUGACAAAAGCCAUCAAAAAGCUUUGUCUCUGGUCUCCGAUGCAUUGAAUUAUGCUGAGGAGGUUCUUCGACCAGGAUCAAUCACCUGUAUCCAAGCCAUUAUCCUUCUCGCUCAGUAUGCCCUGGUCGACCCGGGGCGCUUCCGCAGCUGGCAUUUGGUAGGAAUGGCUAUACGAGUCGCUGUAGACUUAGGCCUCCAUCAAGAUCCCCCGGCGGAGGUAUAUUCGAACGCAGACCGACUCGAAAUUCGUCGGCGAGUAUUCCAUUGUCUCUAUUGUCUCGACAGAGGAAUGAGUACUGCGACCCAACGGACAUUUUCCUUUUCCGACGCCUCCGUCGAUGUCGCCAUGCCCUCCCCCAGUACAUCGAAUGGGUCGUCGCCCGCAGAACAAAGCCACAUAUUCCUGCGAAGCCCAGCGCCAGCCCUUCACAUCGUUAAGAUACGGCAAAUAUUGUCUGCUGGGUAUCAAGAUAUGUAUUAUGCUUCACGGGAACAGUCCAAGCAACCACUUGUCCAGACGUGGAAUCUCUGCUACAAAACUCGUCAAUGGUUCCACGAAUGCCCUAAGAACGCCCCCAACCAUUUCUCCCUUCUAUACCGACUUGAACUAUUAUACACCAUCAUCAUUCUUGUUUCGCCAUCUCAUCGAUACCCUGUGCUUUGCGACUAUAGCAAAGCAAUCCUGUUCGACCGGUGCAUGGACUUCAUCAGCCAGAUUCACCAAGUGCUGGAGAAUCCGAGCGUCCUGCCUUUCCUUACAUUCCUAGAUAUCCAGCGCGUCCAUCAGGUAGGGCUACGAUUCGUCCAAGUGCUGUCCGAGAACUUUGAUCUACUCUUGAGUCCCACAAUUCCUUGCCCACCUCCGGUCCCAGAAGGAACUCCCGAUCCACCGAUGCUAGGCGAAGAAGAUCGCAUCAAUUGUCGUCCUCGGGCAACUCGCUGUCUCGCAUAUGUCCGAGAUAUCCUCCAAUUCUGUGCACGGAAAUGGGACCUCCGAUUCCCCUGGAGAAUUUUGAGCAGGAGUCUGCCCAUCUGA